CUACCAUCGAUAGGUUAUUGCCAAAUACCUGGAACCGUACUGAAAUAAAAAGAAGAGGACAAAAAAAUCAAAUGUUUUAAACUUGCUCGUGAGAAAGAUCUUGGACAUUGGAAGAUUAUCAUUAAGAACGUGGCUCCUCAAAAUGGUGCGCUACUUAUAUGUCCGAUAUAAUAAAGGCCAGACUUCGAAAAGUUUGGCCAUGGACUCUAAGAAAACCAUCUACUUGUUCAUCAGAUUCAUCGAUGGUGUUUGGUGAUGUUCCCCCUUUACCUACAUGUACAGAAUCCUAUGCAUUUCAAGUGGCUGGUCAUUCUCGUGAGAAUGCUAGUAGUUUUGAAAUACUUCGAGAUAAAUCCAAACCAAUUAUUUACAAGUCAUUACAAGAUCGUGAAAGAGGUAUGCGUGAAGUGAUGUUUUACCAGCGUGUAUUUUCACCGGAUGCUUCGGAAGCAUUGAAACGUGUUCGUCAAUUUAUUCCAACUUAUUAUGGAGUUUAUCAAUGUCCAGGAACGAAAGCCUACUACAUGGGUUUAUCUGAUCUGGUGGCUGAUUUCAAACAACCAAAUAUAUGCGAUUUCAAAAUGGGUACAGUCACUUACUUUCCAGGUACACCACAAGAGAAAAUCUCUCGUGAACAACUUAAAUAUGUAUGGCGUCGUAAAUUAGGAUUUGUGUUAUCUGGUAUGCAGAUUUCUGAUACAACAAAUCAUUGUUUAAUUAAAUUGCCUAAAAAAUUUGGACGAACUUUAACUCCAGAACAAGUUUAUUCUAUUGAAGAUCAAAAAAUGUGAGAGGACGUAGCUGGCACGUUAAAAAAUAUAAGGACGGCGAACAGCUCAGAGAUAUUCUUCUAUUCACGGAAAGUUUCUUUGCGAUUAUAAUAUGCACAAAUUACUCUCAUACCACAGUAAUGUUUCUUAUAGGACUUUGUAAAAUCUGAAAGCACCACAAUCUUUACUGCCCUUGCAUGUUUCGAAGUGGAUGCGUUCGAGUGGCUGACGAUCUUUCAACAGUAAGUAGUCCAGAUAGCUUUCAACCCAUUUUAAGUUUCGCUUUUCUUUAUGGUUGAUUUUUGUUUCUUGAACUAAACAUUUUAUUCUGUAUUGUCUUUUAUGAGGUAUUGGAAGUGUUGAUGUCUCUCCUUAUGAGUAGCUGUUCGAAAUUAUUUCUUAUAAGUUGUAGGACGUGAUGUUUACCAUCACGUUUAAGAGUAUGAAAUAUUCCCUGUUUCUCACUGUUACAGAGUGGCUUUCAUAACAUCUGUUUUGACACUGAACUUCGAACUUCAGUUAAGUCACAUAUUCAUUGUGAUAAGUGAACGAUAAGUUAGCUUGAACAUGAGAAUGGAGGUAUUGAUGUGCCUCCCUAGAUGGCGAGAGAACUACCACCACUGCUCUUUGCAGUUUACUCGAGCUUCAUUCGGACCACCCCAAAACAGUUUGGAUACCUCAUGAACAACCACGGUGGUCGGUUCUUCAGUACUUGCUUAGAGUUUUUGGAGUCUAAUCUUAACCUCUGAGUACUAUUUAAUUGUUGUUUAAAAAAAGUUAGUAGAGUUUGUAUUGAUAUUUCUUCUGCUUAGCGGGGUAACUUAUAGUAGUAAACUGUAGUUUGAUAGGCUCUCGUCUGGUUUCUCCUCCUCCUAGGUGAUUAUUUUCUAGUUGUUUUGUAGAAAUAAUCUGUUCCAUCCAUAUUUUAGUCAUUUCCCCUCCACUAUCCUGUACUAAACAAUUUUCAAGUUCAGAACUUCCCGGAAAAUUGGUUAAUAUUUUACAAUCUUUACAAAACUGUAG